UAUCAUGUUUCAACGUAAUAUAUUCAUAUAAAAGAAUAGAAUCAUAUAUAUAAAACAACAACUUAAAAAAUCUAUGAUAUGUACAAUCUAUUUCUAUUCUUGCAUCAAGCUUGUUCUUCAUUGAUAUUCUUGUUUUCAGUUUCGUUCACUGAUGCCUCUUCCAGAUCCUUGUUAUUUAAUGGUUCAGACUUCACGACAUCCUUCUUCUUCUUUUCAUUGACAUCAUUUAAUCCUAAAAGACUUUCCAAGUUAUAUUUUCGUAAUUUUCCAAAAUCCUUGACUACUGACAUCAUGCAUAUGGUCUAUAAUAAAAAAAAUAAAAUAAAAAAAAAUAAAAAAUAGAAUAAAAUAAAAUUAAAAAUGAACUCUUAUAUCAUAUGAUUCCUUUUUUUUUUUUUUCCCUUUCAGUAACUUACUCUUGUAAUAUCUACUAAGAUCACAUAAUCC